AUGAAGGUGUUCACAAUGAUUUCUUGGGUUGCCAUAGUUUGUAACCCAGUCAAUGCCUUGAUUAAUGCUCGCUUAUCCAUGUCGCUCAAACCUCAUGAUGCGCCUCUGCAAGCCAUACCUGUGCAAACAGUUUCCUUGGAGAGUCUUGAAAACCACGAAGACGAAGGAAGUUAUAUGGCGGAAUCAAUCCGCAAGUGGCUUGACGAUGAAUGGAUCCCCCAAGACGUUCAUAUUAAAAUGGCUGAGUCAGCAAAGAAAUCGUACAUUGCAUGCAGAGAAAGUGGCCAGGAUGAUGUGAUGGAUAUCCUGAUGGCAAUCUCCAAUGAUCUCGAAUCUAAUUGGCAAGAAUAUGAUGCGGACAGCUUUGUCAAUGCGUGGGAUAUUGGAAACUAUGCCAGCGAUUACUUGAUCAAUAGGUCUGGAAACGAAGGCUGCGAAUGCUCGGCAAAAAUUUAUUGA